GGAGGGUCCGGGAGCAGGAGCAGCACCAGAGGCUCUGGGUUGCCACAGCCCGAGCUUCCACCUGCAGCAGCCAGACGCCUCUGCUUGGUCCCCUCCUCAGCCAUGCCGUGGUUCUUCGUGGCCGCGUUGCUGGCGGCGCUGCUCCUGCUGCUGCUCCUGUCCCGCCGGCGGAUGCGGAGACCUGGUGAACCCCCUCUGGAUCUAGGCCUUAUUCCCUGGCUGGGCCAUGCCUCAGAGUUUGGAAAAGAUGCUGCUAGAUUCCUCUCCAGGAUGGAGCGGAAGCACGGGGACAUCUUUACUGUGCUGGUGGCAGGGAGGUUUGUCACAGUCCUCUUGGAUCCUCACUCCUAUGACACAGUCGUCUGGGAGUCCAGCUCCAAGCUGGACUUCCACAAAUAUGCCAUCUUCCUCAUGGAGAAGAUUUUUGAUGUCCAGCUGGCCAACUAUAAUCCCAGCAUGGAGAAAGCCAAGAUCAAACCGACUCUGCUCCACAAGAACCUCCAUGCCCUCACUGAAGCCAUGUUUAACAACCUUUGCAACAUCCUUCUGAGGGAUGCUGGGGACAUAGGCAAAGACUGGAAGGAAACAGGGCUGUUCCAGUUCUCCUAUAACGUGAUGCUAAGAGCCGGCUACCUGACACUGUAUGGCACAGAGGGUGAUGAUCCAGUUAGUCAGGCACAAGAUCGGACCCACUCUGAGGAGGUUUUCCAGAGUUUCCGUCAGCUGGAUCAGCUUCUGAUGAAACUUGCCCGCAGUUCUCUGUCAGCAGAGGAGAAGAAAGAAGCCUCCCACAUCAAAGCCCGCCUCUGGAAGCUUCUUUCCCCCCAAGGCCUGAUGGGGAGGGCCCACAGGAGUGCCUGGCUGGACAGCUACCAUCAGUACCUGCAGGACCUGGGAGCUGCGGAGGAGAUGCAGGCCAGGGCCAUGUUGCUCCAACUCUGGGCCACUCAGGGCAAUGCUGGUCCUGCUGCCUUCUGGCUCCUGACGUUUCUCCUGAAGACUCCCACUGCUCUUGCUGCCGUCCUUGGGGAGUUAGAAAGCACCCUCCAGAAGGAAGGGCAGGUGCUGACCCAGAUGGCCAGUAUUCCUCAGGGAGUCCUGGAUAACAUGCCAAUUUUUGACAGUGUAUUGAGUGAGAGCCUGAGAUUGACAGCUGCCCCUUUCAUCACCCGGGAAGUACUGGAGGACUUGGUGCUGCCCCUGGCAGAUGGACGGGAGUACAGCCUCCGGCAAGGCGACCGCCUCCUUCUUUUCCCCUUCCUCAGCCCUCAGAAGGACCCAGAAAUUUAUGAAGACCCAGAGGUGUUCAAGUACAACCGAUUCCUGAACCAGGAUGGGAGUGAGAAGCGAGAUUUCUACAAGGGUGGGAAGAGGCUCAAGAAUUACAACCUGCCGUGGGGAGCUGGGACUAACAUGUGUCUGGGGAGGAGCCAUGCAAUCAGCAGCAUCAAACAGUUUGUUAUCAUUUUGUUGAUGCAGUUUGACCUGAAAUUGAAAAAUCCAGAGGAAAAGAUCCCCAGCUUUGACACCAGUAGGUAUGGGUUUGGACUGAUGCAGCCAGAGCAUGAUAUCACCAUUUGCUACAGAUUCAAGCCCAGAGAGACACCAGGCUCAACAGGGCUCUCCUUCCCAGCACCUGAUGGAAUUACAGAAGCCUGAAUGACGAUAAGCAGAUGAUAAGAAUAUAUUCAUCCCAACUCUCAUCUCUCUCCUCUCUCACCAGAUGGGAGUUUUGACUUUUCUCUGCCCAGCUUCUUCCUUUCUUCUACCAAGAGUCUUCCCAUUGGGAAGAAAGAUUCCAUUUCUGAAGUCCUAGGAUUCAUCUGCUCUCCCAGGACAGGGCACAGGAAAGGUCCUCUUCUGGGCCAGAACUCUCCCUGGGAGCGCCUUCCUAGAACCAAUACAGAAGACCUUGGGCUUGGCCCAAAGCUUCCUCUUUUCACUGUUUUUUUUUUUUUGGUUUUUGUUUUGUAUACUGCUUGGAUAUUUUUCUGUUGGGGCAGAGAAUUGAGUUCAGUCACCCAGGGUCAGACCCAUAACUCUAAGUCACGUGUAUGCUAUAGAUCUUUAUUUUAGUACAGUCUUUCUGGACUUUGAGCAAGGAUAAGCUGACAUAGGACCUCUAAGCACAUAAAUCGACUGCCUACCUAUCCCAAAGAGUUGGCAGCUUAGGACCAUGUGUGAGAGGGUAGAACUCUAGACCCUACUUCCUUCAGCAUUAUCUGGAUCAUUAUUAUUUUAUUGCAUUUUUUUAAAGCUUUGCUUUCGGUCUUAGAAUCAGUACUAUGUAAGGGAGAUCAUAAGUAUCUGAGACCAUAUCUGAACCCAGGCCUAGCUCUCCAUCACUAUCUCAUCACUGAGCUACCCAGACUACCUGGGUCAUUAUUGCUAUUUUUCUCUAUUGCUACAAAACCAUCAGCCAAAUAGCCGUUGAUUUCAUGACUAUAUACCAGUGGUAUUUGCAGCAAUGAUUUCUUCCCAGGCCACAAUCCUCUCUGAAGCACAAAUAGAGAAUUUAUCACCCCUUUAAAGCUAUUCCCAACACUUCCCCAAACUUCCCUAAUUCUAACUCCUGGCCUCGAAGAGCCUAAUCCCUCCCUGAUUUUCUUGGUUUCUGAAAAGCCUUCUCUCCUUAGCUUAGAAAACAAGCAUCCCCAAUUCCAAAUUGCUUCUCAUAUUCACUAGCUCCCACUCUCCUGAGCAUAGUCCUAGGACCCACUCACCCACUUAGGUGCUAGAUCUUGACUUGCUUGGUCGCUAUCCAACCUCUGAAAAGUUUGUUCAAAAGCUUAUUCCUGUUCAGUUCAGGAACUAAUACAACUACUUGUUAUUCUGCUCUGGUUCUCCAAAAAAGAUGGUGACAUAUCCUAGAACCUGGGUGCCAAAUUGGAUGAGUCCACAUGAACGUGCUGUACCAGGUCAUUCUGUUACAGAAUUGUCACUCAGUUAUGCAAACCCCAGGCUUUAGAGUCCCUUGUGUCUCUCUCACUCAGGACAGCUGGGUGCCUAAGUGAACAGAGCAUUGGGUCUAGGGUCAGGAAAACCAAGCACCAGACCCUUACUAGCUAUUUAGCCUUGGGCAAAUCACCUCAUCCUGUCUGCCUCAUUUUCCUCAUCUGUAAAAUGAGCUAGAGAAGGAAAUGGCAAACCAGUCCAGGAUCUUUGCCAAGAAAACCCCAAAUGGGGUCACAAGACAGUUGGAUAAGAUUGAACUGAGUGAACAACAUAUCCUUCCACUCUUUUACAAAGUCACUCAUUUCUUUCAAACCUCGUAAGUGCCUACUAUGUGCAGUAAGCUCACAGAAUACUCACAUUCCAAAGGAUACUCUUAAGCAGUCAACAUAACACAACAUUCUCAGCUGUGGAAACUCUUCAAGUUUAUUCUAACACCAUUCUAGCCUUCUUAUCCAUUGACCUUUUUAAUUGAUUGUUAUUGGUUUUUUAUGUUAUCUAGAUUUUCUUAUGUAUUCCUUCUCCCUUCUAGAAAGUCAUCCUUCAGAGCAAAGAUUUUUUUUUUUUAAUAAGAGAAAAAAAAUCUAACAAAACCAAUUGCUAUGCCAAAAAAAUCCUGACAUCCCAUGCAAUGUUCCACAGCUCUGGACCCCUCCAUCUCUGCAAAGAAGUGGGAAGAGGUGUUUUCUCACACCUCCACUUUAAGGCUGUGCUUGUUUGUGCCUUGGAAGUAUAUGGCAUUUAUUUCGGGUUGUUUCCUUGUUCUUUCCAUUACAUUGUUGUCAUUGUGCAUAUUGUUUCUUGGCUAGCCUUACUUCACUUUGCAUCAGUUCAUGUAAGUCUUUCCAUGUUUUUUUUUUUAAUUCCAUAGUCAUUUAUCAUAACCAGGCUCCUUUCCAGCUGCUUCCAGACUAGCAGCAAUUCUAACCCUGAAACGAUCUUCUGAUGCCCUUAAAUAGGCUUGUGGAAUAAUUGACAGCUCCAGAGAGCUGGCUGCCCCAGAAACCUCAAGGGCACAGCUGUUCCUCCUUUGCUGGCAUCCUCCUAUUCUGACACAUUCCUCAGCCUACAAGCCCAGGGCUCAUUGUUGGCCAAUCAGAUCAGCUCCCGAUUGCUGGUGGCCCUUUCAUAGUCCUACAUCAUCAUUAAGUAAUCAUUUCUUCCUCUUCCCAAGAAGGGGUGGGAGGAGAAGAGAGAACAAGAUAAUAUUAUAUCCUCCCAGAAAAAAAAAUCACCUUAACAUCUAGUUCACUCUCAAAAUUCACAAAUGACAAUUCCUUUCAUUACAGGAGGCAAUGAUCCUUUAAGCUCCAGGCGUAACUGAGGGACAGGACAGUGAAUAGGUAGCCUGGCAAGUUAGAGAUAUAGCCAAGGGAGAAUUAAAAGUAAUGGAAUGGGGGGAGAUCAAAUCUGGUCUUCCCAGCUGUGUGACCCUGGGCAAGUCACUUAACCCCUAUUGCUUAGCCCUUACCACUCUUCUGCCUUGGAACCAACACACAGUAUUGAUUCCAAAGUGGAAGGUCAGGGUUUAAACAAUAAAAUAAGAGGUUGUUUAGCAUGGGGUGAAGUUGGGAGAGUCAGAAACCAGAAGUGGGAGAGGAAAGAUAGCUAGCAGACCUGGGUUUUUCCUCAAAAUGGAGAUCCUAGGAAGAACUAACUAAAAGGAAGGAUAGGCAGAAGAAUAUUUUAGAGUUAUAAAACUGCUGGUAAAGUUCAAAGUAGAGCUGAGAGAGAAAAGCAUGGUAACGACCAAAAGAAUGGAUGAUUCUCCCAAUUCCUAUUUGCCCUUGACCUGGUCAGAGGCAAAGAAAAAAACACACACAUGCCAAUACAUGAAUUUUCUUACAUGGUCAGGCCUCAGUUCUCUCUUGGCUAAGGAUAGGUGAAGAAAGAAUCCCAGGUUAUGUGAGUUUAUCUGCAAAAUGGGCCAUGCCCAGAGAAUAGCAGCAGGUUGGGGUUUGCAUUGAAUGCUCUCUGACACUGAUCUCUCUGGUCCCUGAGGCCUUUAGGAAGCUUCUGUGAUCAAGGAGAGUUUGGGGGUGAUGGGGAAGGAGUGGGCUUUCCCCCUUGGUUCCAAGGAAACCUAUCUCCAUGCAUGGCUGACCAUCUUGGGCUCUUGGUUUUGAGACCAUUGGAAAUCAGGGCCCCUCAGGACUGUAGGGAUGGACUAGGUUGCCAUAGCAACUGUUUAGCUGCUUUAUUCCUGAGCCUAGAUUAGAAAGGGAAGCAAGCGAUAACCAAAUUACAUGUUCUGGAGGAUAACCAAAAAUGGAUAGUACUGAUAUCUUUCAUCCAAAACUGUGCUCUUUUCUCUUUUAGGAAGGGGGCUUAAAGGCAGAGCUCUGAAGAGGACCCUUAGGGGCAGUUACUUCAUUGGAUAAGUGAGAGAAAGGCUUUGAGAGCAGACUUUUUCUAUAAUAUGGGAGGUUUCAGAUCUAUUUAAAUUCCAGUCACUAGGGACUUUGAAGUCACCCAGGGGAGAGCUUGAGGGAUGGCCGGGUCUUCUGACAUUAAAGCUUUAGGGAAAGGAUUCCCAUUUUUAAUGCUAAAGAGUAGUGAGAAAGGCAUCAGAGUAUAUCAGCAUUUUUUAAAAGUCUUGUAUUAGGAAGCUACUAUUUUGGAUCUACAAGGUUAAGUGACUUUAGUAAAUUUCAUGCUUUGUUGGCUUAGGAAAAAUUAUAUUUUUAUAGAAAAAGCACAGAAUUCUAUUUUUCACACAGUGGUCAUUAGAGUUGGCAGGGCCUAUAGAAUAUAGAAUAUUGGAAGAGAUAUUAGAGGUCAUUUAGUUUCAUACUUUUAUUUUACAGAAAGGGAGAUUUGGGAAAAGAAAGUGGCUUGGGGCGAGGUGGGGCAGGACAGAGAGGACCCUUCCCACAGCUAGUAAGAAAGAGCUCAGUCUGACACUUAGGUCUUCUGAGUGAUUCUUGAGCUCUUGGCACUUAGCACGUUGCCUCAACUCUCAAUUAGCAAGAUGCUUAUAAGUUAGGAAGAAUAGUGUGUUCUGGAUAAUUUCCUUUUUCCAGUUUACUGAGGAUAGAAUAGACCCCAUAAACAUUUAUUAUUGGAAAAUGCUUCUCCCAUCCAUUUUCCUGUCUUGGCAAAUUAGUUGAUAAGCACAAUAAUGGAUAAUAAUUUUUGUUUAUUGAAGGAGGUUCCUACUGAGCCUCAGAGUCAUUAGUGUGAAGACUUGAGAGCAGAGGAGAUAAAGCAGGCAUGGUGUGACCUUAAAGUGCUUUAUGAUAAAUGUAAGUUACUGUGAAAAUGAGAAUGAUGACAAUUAUAACAAUGGUGCCACCCAGGAUGGACUGAUCUAUGGAAUGGAAAAGGGGAAGCAGGUUAGGCUAGAUGGGAACUAACACGGGCUUGAGAUUUAGUUAGCAAGAAUUCCCUGCUCUAAAUUGGUUUUCUUAUAACAUGACUCCUGAAAUUGAAGAGCCUUCUCUCACCCUUAAAUCUGCCUACAGUGCCCAGUUAGCUAGAGCCUUUUGAUGAAGGUUUUGAAACUCCACAUAGUUGGCUCUGAAAUCUUGUGUGUUCUGGCCUGAAGCUCAGCAGACAGGGACAGUGUCUUCUGCUCUUGCAUUCAGCACAGAGCAGGACAUCCAGUGUGUUUUCAUUCUAUCUGUUUGCCUGAUCCCAAGGCCACAUGUUAUUCCUCUCCAUCUUCCCCACAGAGAGGGGGCAAUAGAAUAGAUUAAUAACAGUUAUGACUUUGUUGCCAUAGAUAGAAAGGAUGUCAGAACUGAAAGAGCUGACCCUUAGAACAUAAGAGUGUUAGAACUAGAGGGAAUUUUAGAACAUAAGAUGUCAAGAUUAGAAUUGGCUUUAGACCAAAGAAUGUUAGAAUGGAAGGACUGACACUAGAACAUACAACAGCGGAAUAGAAGAAGGAGGGGGAAAGGUAUUUCUAUCAAACAUCACCUAUAAAAGUCCAAUAUACAAAAUAUGCAGGGAAUUAACAUAACCAUAUAAUAUUUUCUCAAUAAAUAAUAUGAUCAAAGGAACAGCUUUCAAAAUAUUCCUAAAUUAUAAAUGAUAAUAUGAAAAUAUGUUCCAAAUCAUUAAGCAUUAAAUAUCAUGGGGCAGCUAGGUGUUUCAGUGGAUAGAGAACCAGACCUGGAGACAGAGGAUCCUGGCUUCAGAUCUGGCCUCAGACACUUCCUGCCUAUAUGACUCUAGGCAAGUCACUUAACCCCCAUUUGCCUAGCCCUUACUGCUCUUCUGCCUUAGAACCAAUCUGUUCUAAGACAGAAGGUAAAGGUUGAUUUUUUUUAAAGAAUACCAGUAAGAACUAAUAUUACUAAGAACUAAAUAUAUCUCAAAAUCACUUUUGUAGUAAGAGAAAUGCAAAUUAUUAAAAAUGACAUUAACUUUCUCAGUUAAAAUAAUUUCACCUCAUUCCAUGCAAAUUUGCAAAGACAAAAAGAGAUGAGUAGUCAAUGUCAAAGGAACUGUGGGAAAACUGGCACAGUCUUGGAGGAGCUGUAAAAUGAUCCAGCCAUUCUGGAUUUCAAUUUCAGAUAAUUUUUUAAAAAGGUGAUUAAUAUCUUUUGAACUGUCUAAUGGGCAUUUACUACAAGUAAGUCAAAAUCAGGAACAAAAGUCCAACAUAUACAAAAAUAUUCCUAGUAGUAUUCUUUGAGAUAGCAAAGAACUGGAAGCAAAGUGAAUGAGUGCCCAUUGAUGGGAAAAAGGUGAAAAACCUUGUAAUGAGAUGGAAUAUUAUUGUGUGAUAAUAAAUGAUGAUUAUAUGGAUUUUGGAGGAUUGUGCCAUUAUUUGUAUGAACUAUUGCAGAGAAAUUAAUCGAACAAUGUGUACAACAAUGUAAAGAAAAAAAUCCUUGGAAACUGGCCUCUGAGUAAUGGAAGAAAGAAUAAAUAAAGAUCCUGGAGAAGUGAAAAUGAAAUGCUUCACCUCCCUCAUGGUAGAGAGCACUAGGAAUACCACUAGGAAUAAAUAUUAUAUCCAUUUGUCAGGAAA